ACGCUCUUUUCUCUUUCGAGAGCGGAAGGAGCCGCCCGUUGUCAUGUGAUCUGUCUGACGGAUCGAUACACACCGAGAAGGAUGGCAAACUCCGGCAAGACCGACAAGUUCCAGCUGCAUGUUCCAAACCUCGAGGAGCUGAGUCGGGUGCUGCAAUCAGGACUGAAUAAGAAUUUUUCUGAUGUGAAAGUGUCUGUCACCGACUGUCCAGAUCUCACACAAGAGCCUUUUGGGUUUCCGGUCAAGGGUCUGUGCGGCAAACCUCGUAUUACUGAUGUGGGAGGCGUACCCUAUCUGAUUCCUCUGGCCAAACCGGAGAAGGUGUACAACAUGAACGCGGUGUCCAAGGAGGUGGAGCUGCCGGGGGGAUUUUUUCUUGGUGCUGGUGCCGUUUCCUGCAAGACAGUCGGGAAUGGAGAGUUGAUGCCUCUGGUGCUGACUGAAGCUGAAGGAAGACCUGCAGUGAAUGCCAGUUAUUUUUCAUCCAUCAACCCAGCAGAUGGAAAAUGUCUGCAGGAGAAAUACAGUGACAGGUUCCAUGACUGCGACUUCGGCCUCCUUGCAAACCUUUAUGCGUGUGAGGGCAAACCUGGAAAGGUCAUUGAGGUGAGAGCCUGCCGAAGGACCGGAGAGGACAGUCUUGUGAGCUGCAUGAGAAAGACCGUGGAAGAACAUUAUGGGGAGAAGAGCGUGGCCUUGGGGGGGACUUUCAUCAUACAGAAGGGGAAGGCAAAGAUCCAUAUCAUGCCGCGUGAAUUCUCCGCCUGCCCACUAAACACCAACGAGGAUGUCAACAACUGGCUCAGGCAUUUCGAAGUCAGUGCUCCACUGAUAUUUCAAACCGUCAUGGUGUCCAGAGACCCAGGUCUUGACCUGAGAGUGGAGCACACGCAUGGCUUCAGUCACCAUGGCGAGGGGGGCCAUUACUACAUAGACACCACCCCAAACACAGUGGAGUACCUGGGAUACUUCCUGCCUGCUGAGUUCGUCUACCGUAUCGACCGACCCACAGAGACACACAAUGUUGGCCGGGAUUAAACUAUUGACAGUUUAUUUUUUCACGCAUUUAAUAUGCUGUAAUUAAUUGUGCCCUGUUUACCAGGAGCGCUUUAUACUGACGAGUAGUAAAUACGUAUUGAGCGACUUGAGCAGUUUGUACAAUGCAGUCAAUCACUCUAUAUUUUAUACUAGUUGAUGUUGAUGGUCAAGCCAUUUCAAUUAGUUGUUUUUUCAUUAAUAUCUGAGGUAGAUUAACCUAUUAAUUAAAACAUUAGCGAACUGAUUAGCAAACUGUGAUACCUUCUUUUGCAGCUGAUUUGGCGCAAAAACAAAUAUUGUACCAAAUCAGCAUAUUAGAAGGAUUUGUAAAGGAUUACAAGAGACUAAAAACUGGAGUAAUGGCUGCUAAAAAUUCUGCUUUUAAUCACAGAAAGAAAUUAAAUGUUAAAAUGUAUUCAAAUACAAAACAGUUCAACUGAACAAAAAGUGUAACUUUUUAACAGUACUGUUUUUUUUUUUUUUUUUUUUUUUACUUUAGUUGCUAAUUAAAUAAAUGCAGCUUUUGUGAACCUUCUUUCAAAAAUAAUAAAAAAUCUUAAUCA